CCCUUGUGGUGAUCCGUCCUUUCAUCCUGGUGUUUGCCUGCAGCAAGAUGGCGGCGGUCUCAAUGUCAGUGGCGCUGAGGCAGGCGUUGUGGCGAAGGGUAGUGGCUGUAGCUGCCCUUUCCGUUUCCAGGGUUCCGACCAGAGAUGGAUGCCUCCCUAUGUUGCCCAGACUGGUCUUGAAUCCUGGGUUGAAGCAGUCCGCCUGCCUAGGCUCCCCAAAGUCAUUGAGCACUUCCACAUGGAGAUUGGCACAGGACCAGACUCAAGACACACAACUCAUAACAGUUGAUGAAAAAUUGGAUAUCACUACUUUAACUGGCGUUCCAGAAGAGCAUAUAAAAACUAGAAAAGUCAGGAUCUUUGUUCCUGCUCGCAAUAACAUGCAGUCUGGAGUAAACAACACAAAGAAAUGGAAGAUGGAGUUUGAUACCAGGGAGCGAUGGGAAAAUCCUUUGAUGGGUUGGGCAUCAACGGCUGAUCCCUUAUCCAACAUGGUUCUAACCUUCCGUACUAAAGAAGAUGCAGUUUCCUUUGCUGAAAAAAAUGGAUGGAGCUAUGACGUUGAAGAGAGGAAGGUUCCAAAACCCAAGUCCAAGUCUUAUGGUGCAAACUUUUCUUGGAACAAAAGAACAAGAGUAUCCACAAAAUAGGUUGGCACUGACUAUAUCUGUGCUUGACUGUGAAUAAAGUCAGCUGUGCAGUAUUUAUAGUCCAUAUACAUCGCUUAAUCUCCUAAUAAAUUUGACCUUUAAACUAUA